CGGCGCACACCUCUAACUCUGCGUACGGCAUACUUUUGAAUUUACAGUACACGCCAGGAAGCACGUGACAAUUUAUUUACGUCGCAGUCGGUUCUUUGAUCUCUGGCUGUCUUGUAAGUUACAACAUCGUCAGUUCUUAUUUAGACUCACGCGCUGCGAAGGGCUCGACCACGGAGUCGUGGCGCAGUGCUCAUGUACCCUUGGUGAGGUGAAAACACGAUGAACCGCAGUUAUGUGGGAUCGGACAGCAACCGCAUCGAGUUCGAGGAUUUGCCGUUCGAGCUUCAGCUGCUGGUGUUUUCUUACUUGACGCAUUGCGAGUUGACUGUCGCAGCACGCGUGUCCAACUCUUUUCGGCGACUCGCGUACGAUCCAUCGCUGUGGAAGCGCGUCCAGGUGGACUGCAGUGAUUGCGACGCGACCAGCUUCGGGGCGCUCCUCGAUCGGGCGCCGCUUCUCGAGGAUCUGACGAUGCGCGCAUCGCCGCACGUGCUCGAACUGGCGGCGCGCUCGUUCGCGGUGCGCAGGCUGCGGCUGCUGGACGUCGGCUUCUCGGUGGGCGUCAACUGUGCUGCCGUUGCGGCGCUCGUGGACGCGUGCACCGAGCUUUCGCACCUGAACGUCGAAGGCUGCAAGGCCAUGGACGAUGCGGCCGUUACGGCGCUCUGCCGGCUACCGUACUUCCUGAGCCUCAACAUCUCGCACUGCGGCUUGGUCACCGACGAGGGCAUCGUUGCCCUGGCGCGUGGCUGCCCGCACCUCAGGUUCCUCAAUGCCGACGGCAUCCCCAGAAUAACAGACAGGUAGGCGUUUUUGUGCUGCAAGGUGAAAGCAA